CAGCACGGCUUUCAAACUCACAGCAAGGCUUAUCAUUUUUUUAAAAAUCUUUACGAUUACGAACAAAAACCUGCUCUGCUAAUUGGUCGUCAUAAAUUAGACGCUACCACCGGUCAACCCCCUCGCCCGCAAUCAGCACAUUUUUCGUCAUUAUGA